GUCACUGUAGAUGGCCAUUAUACGUGUGUGUUUUUUUGAUGGUCCCAUACGCGUUUUUGUGUACGCACGCUGACUACACGAGCACUCUGCACGAUCACAAUCUGUCGCUUCUACGACUUCUGUUUUUCGUAGAUGUGCACCGGCACAGUAAAAGAAUAACUAGGUGUCCUACAACUCACUUUAUUUUCCUACCGCUAUUGCCCGAGGCGGCUACUAACUUCGAACCGUCCUGAAAGGAACUAUGAGUAGUACUAGAGCGAAUCUGUGCCCGGCUAAAAUGUGGCGCUGGCGAUUGCAAGUAGGUGUUUUCCUUGCUGCAGCAUUGUGUGAAACAGCCAGGGCGGCCAGUAGCAGUGCGCCAGCGACGCUUCUAAGCCGAAGCAGGAUGUUGCAAGACCAAGAGGAGACGUGCCCUUGUACUUACGGCACGGUGGCAGAAGAAGGAGACUCAUCCAGUUUACCGGUCUGUGAGGCUGCGUCCGUGUGUGCAUGGCUCGCCGCUGCUCAUGUCUGUUGUUGCUUCGCACAGCACGUGGGCUGUCCCGGCUGCGUGCAUAGUUGUUGUCCCGUCCUGACCACACCCAGCGCAGUCACUUGUGCUUGUUGCUGCCCCUGCUGCGGACUGGCGGACAGCUGCUGUGGCGUCCUGCCGAGUCGUUGUCACCUCCCCGCGGGAACCUGCUGUGCCAUUACAGACGAAGCCGCGAGGUGUGCCUUGCGCCAGGGCAUCGGGCUGUGCGGCCGGCUCGACGUAACGACCGAGAAUUUUUUUUCGAACCCCGUGGUCCAAAGACACCGCACACGCUGGCACGAAUUCUUGCAGCGCGAAGGCCUUUCCGUGGAGGCGGCAUACUGGGUCUGCUGGAGCUGUUCCUACGGAAAAGCGUUCGCAAAGUACCUGCUAGUGGACGGGUCUUCGCGCCUCAUCGCCGACGGUUUCAACGCCCUUGCGCAGGGUACCGCCGCUGUGCGCGACCUGUUCGUAUUUGUCACGACCGACGGGGCGCAGUAUGUUGCACAAGCGUUGGCCUCCGCAGGGCCUGAGGCAAUACAGAUGGCGGCUGACGCAGGUCUGCGAGUGCUGCGAUGUGCGUGCGGUUCCGAGGCUUUUGGAAGGGGCGCGCUCCUAUUACCCGCACCCACGCCUUUGGAGCAGUUUUUCCUACAACGUAGCGCCAACGAAAUUUGCUGUUGCCUUGUAGGCAGCACCGCUUCCCUGCUUCUAGCGAGACGGCGCCUCUUCCGGUCAAGGGAUGUGCCAGCGGAGGUUGCGCCGCAGCAGAUCAGAAUGUCGACGUAGCAGUAUCGUGCUCGUGGAUCCUGUGUGCAAGAACUGGCACAGAGAAAAACGGUGAGAAAUCAUGUUGACGCAACUCAAUCCACUGCAAAAAUUACAAGAACUACGAAAAAUAACAAUUUACGCCGAGGCACAUGCAGAUCCCCGACCCACUUCUGGGCGCGCAGAA